GAAGUAAUCUCUUCCUUAAUCGAAUGCAGAGGAUGCUGGGAUUCGUUUCGUCUUAAAAUCAUCAUGAGGGAAGGAGGGAAAGUCUUCGACUGGCCUGAUUAACGAUAUGAAACUACCUGAGCUCUUCAUCAGUCUGUUCCUGGCAGCUCUUCUCUCUGCCAGCGUUCUGGCUCAGAACCUCGUGCCGAUCCAGAUCCAGCCAGACCCCGCGCAGAUCCAGACUGGCACCAAUAUUGUGCUAACAGUGGCAACCACGUCUAACGUCCUGUCCAUCACAUGGAUGUACCAAGGAAGCACUGCGUUGGCCGUGUGGACUAGUGCGGGCCCGGUGGUCAACCCUGUGGCCCAGUUUCAGGGCCGGGUCUCCGUCACUGCCACCCAGCUCCAGAUCGGGAGUGCUCAGCUUCAAGAUGCGGGGAACUACACGGUGGUGGUUGUCCCCAGCGCCGCCACCGGCAUGACCUCAAACUCCAAGAGCGUACAGCUGAGUGUGUUCAAUGCUGUGGUCGGGGUGAGCCUGUCCGUUACAGCCGUGGCAAUGGAGGGGAAAAAUGUGUCCCUGAACUGCACAUGGACUGCUGGGACAAACGUGGCUGUCCAGUGGAGCAAAGACGGCGUAACCCUCUCCGCCACCUCCAGGAUCACCAUCUCGGGUGGUUCUGUGGUCAUCAGCCCGUCCGUACGAGGUGACACCGGGGACUACACGUGCACCGCCAGCAACCCCGUCAGCGCUCAGACGGCUACAAAACCCCUCACCGUCUACUAUGGACCCGACACCCCUGCGAUGAGCAUCACCAGACCUAAACAGUGUGUAGGAGGAGGGGACGUGUUGGUGGGACAGACUUUGAGGAUCUCCUGCACAUCCGUGUCUCUACCUUCUGCCGUCUUUUCGUGGCGAGAGAACGGCCAGCCGGUCAGCGGGCAGCCAGACAGCGGUGCAUUUAGCCUUCAGACCGUGUCGAAGAGCGACGCCGGCUGGUACACCUGCACGGCCAGCAACAGCAUCACAGGAGGAACUUCGACGCAGUCGGCCAACGUGUCCGUCGUAGAUGUAUGUUUUGAUGGUGGAGAAGUUGCAGGAAUCGUAAUUGGCUCCUUCCUGGGUUUGCUGAUCAUUGUGCUCCUCAUUGUGCUUCUUAUCUGUCUUGUGCAAAGGAGGAAAGCACUGCAAAGGCGUAGAGAUGCAGCGUUUGUUCAGAAGACAGAUCCAAACCAAAGGCCUGUUCCUCCAGAUCCACAAACUAAUAAUGGAAGGGAUUUGAACCAAGCUCUUCAACCGCCUCUCUAUAACGCAAGCGCACAAACACGCCGGCCUGACCACUUAAUCACGACCCAACGUGAAAGCCGCGGCAACCCUCAGACUCUGGCUCUGAACGGACUGCAGAACUCUGACACAAACCGAAAUAAUGGCCAUGCAAAUAGGCUUCCGCACAAUGCUGUACGGAAUAUUAAUUCACACCCAGACAAUGGCAUCGACAACCCCGCUUUCACUCGCUCAGAGGAUCAGAAUGCAACACAGCAGCUACACCCUAACAUCCUUAUUCAGACAGGUGGUGGUGGUGGUCAGGGCUCCAACCGGGCCCCAGCGGUCCAAGUCAGCCUCAACCCAAGCAACAACGCCCCUGUUCCCACCAUUAAUGUUAACCUUAACUCAUACCCCGCCAAUGGCCAACAGGCUCUACAAGAUCACUCUUUCCCUUCUGUCAAUCAGGCCAACAUUAAUGCUUCAUCGAUGCAAAACAACCUCUUGAACACAAGACGUUCAAAUCUCGCAAUGCAAAGCAGCCAGUUUGAUCUGGACGGUCCUUUAAGUCCAGAUCGUCAGAACCGGCGUGCGCUUAUCCCUACUGGAUUUACACAUUUUAACAGUUACAACAGUUCUCAGCAAAACGUAAACCCACAGAUUCAUCAGCAGGAGGCGGAGCCUCCCAGGAGGUCUGACAGGAGCUCAGGAGGACACAACGCAGCCUCGAGAUCCAUGUUGAGACAGAUGCCUUGGGAUACCCUCAGAGGAACACCUGCGUACCCGAGUGGGACCCCACAGGGAGCGCAGACGUCCCACGAAGAUGACUAUACAGAUUACACCAUCCAUCCUCCCAUCCGAGAAGGAAGAACAACAAACAGAGCUCCGCCUCAGAGCCAAACUGCUCCCCGGCGCACAACGCCCACAAGACGUGAUCCACCAUCGCAGAACAAUGAGUCGUGGAGCCGAUCAACUGACCGCCAACGACCAAAUGCUGCUAGUGUUCCACAGCAUGAGCGCUCCCACCACACACAGAGAAGUCCUCGCACACAAAGGGAAAGUGCUCAGCAAGAGAUCACAGGCGGCCAGACUUCCUCCAGGCAGGAAACGACUCGCCGCAAUAACCCCCAGGCACUGCCUCUCAUGAGCCAGCAGGCCUCUGCAGGCCACUCUGCGGUGUCCCAGGGACCCGCAAUCCCACAAGGACUCGGUGCAGCCCUGAGCACCGAUACCAGAGCUUUGGCUGAUCCUAAUCACCUUCAGCAGGCACACAUGGCUGCACCAGUCCAAACACUGCAAGGUCAGGGCACACACACACAGUCUGUCAUGCCUGGUGCCAGCCAGCCGCACCAAGGGGGCACCGCUCCAGCCCCAAACUUUUCCGCCCAGCCUAACCACAGUAACCUAACCCGGGCUGCACUUCAAGCCCACACUGAGACUGCUCAAGUUUUUCAGAAUCGGAGACAACAGACUCAGGCGGCCCUGCUUCACCCCAGCACAAUUCAGAACCCCCCUCCGCCUCCUCCUGUCAUCCCUCUGGCGCAAUUUCAAAACCUCCCCAAGGAGCGCUCCCGUCACAAGUCCCCAACGAGAGGUCCUCAACCUGUCAUGCAUCACAUACCAGCAACUCGGCAACAUCACAGGCCCAGUGCACAUCACCACACCACCAUGGUGCCCACCCACCAUCAUCCCGGCGCACACGGGCAUGGCCACCCUGCCCACUUCGCCCACCCAUCGCAGCAACAAGCCCACAGAGGAAGACCGAGAUGAUGACGGAUGACAGCGGACGACACUCUACAACCGUCCCGCGUGCACCGUCACCAACAAAAAGCUGACAGACGCAAUCCGAUAUUCCACCAAGCAAGACUGACUGCACAGAGUUCUGCUCUCAAAAAGGCUGUCAGACACUGGUGUGUCACUCCUGACAUCUAUUUCUCCAGGAGAAAUGUUUCCCAUGGGGAUAAUCAAAUUCACAGUUUGGGAAUACUCUACUUCCUUUCCCUCCCAAAAAAAAAAGAAAAAAGAAACGACCCUAAAAGUUAUCAUCAAUAUCCUCUCCCAGAACACACACAUCCCACUCGUGUUGUACCAUGUUGACUCCUCACACUCUAGUCAUAUGUCAAAAUGUGCCCACAGCUCCACAGUAGAAAAGUUCAGUGAUCAAUGGCUGCUGGACAAGCUUAUCUCCUAUCAUCCAUUCAUCAGCAGAGCUAAACGACUCUGGUGAUGAAUUGCACGUAAAGUACCUGAAUGAAUAUGUGUGAGCACCUGAGCCGGCAGUGACAGACGGUAAAUGGAAAGGAAACGAGAUGGACUCGACUGCUGCGAGUGGUGACAGUUGUGGGAGAACAAAUUAGCAGUAGGGGUGGUCCUGACUCGCACGGAGCUGUUUAUUUUCUGCUUUCUGUUGGCGGAUGCCUCUUCUGACACUUCUCAAUUAAGAGGAUUUGCCUCACUGGUGCUCGGGAAUGACGCUCUUCUCGCUAUGAGGGGGAUCCCACGAACGGUUGGGUGCUUAUUAAUUAAUGCUUUUAUGUGACUUAAGUUACUUGGAAAAUACUCGGGCAUGAAUGAGGUCAAGACAAAGACGGGAACAUCUGUUUUCUGCUGAAAAAGUACCUUUUUUUUUUCUUCUGGAAGAGAAUUGUAAUUUUUACAGAUGUAUUUAUUCAUUUAUAAAGGGACACAUUUGUGAUUUUUAUACAGGUGAAAGUCCAAAAAUUAGAAUAUGGUGCUAAAAUCCACUUAUUUCAGUAAUUCAAUUUAGACUGAGAGAUAAUCUAAAGGCUCAGGAUUCCUUUGCAGGUGUUCUGGAUUCAUUAGCUGAGUGUAACGCCCGGAACUCAUCAGACGGGGAAGCACGAUGAUGCGCCGUGGAACGACGAGCGUUUCUAUUCAGCGCCCAUUUUAACCUACAGUCGGUCUCAUCAGCUGCGAAGUGCCACGAAGGCUUGCGGUGUGCAGCAAUCGUUUCAGCGUGUGCUCUAAUUUUCUCGCAAGGCGUGAGUGAGCCACGUAAAUUAUGGCAGGAAGUCAAACCCAAACAGAAGAGGCAGGCCACUAAAUUUAUCAAAAUAAAGACAUUUUUCCAAAUAAAACACUGCGAUUGAUGAAUGGGAUCAUUUUUGUAUCUAAACAGUAUAGAGAGCAGCGCACAAAUUUCAUGAGCAAUCUGCUUUGCGACGCUUUGCAGCUGAUGUGAUCCCGGCGUAACACUUUAUUCUAACACAAUAUUCCAAUUGUCUGAGAUUUUUAAUCGGGGUUUUCAUACGUAGUAACCGAGUCUUUCUACCGUAUACUUAAGUGACGCAGAAUUCUGCAAAACACGGUACGCAAAAAAUAGCUGCCGUCGUUGUGGACGGGUGUGUUUCCACCGGCGUCCCAGAAGCAUAUGGAUGUCUUGUUUCUCGCUACGCUUCCAGACCGCACCAUGCAGCUCAGAUUGGGCCAGGUAUGAUGCCAAAUGCAAAGCAGCGUGAAACAUCUGGAAACUUUCAAAAUGAAAGUUGUGCAAAUUCCCAGUUGCAACUAAUAAAAGAUUGCACAAUUCCUGUGAAUCCUUUGUAGCCGAGGUAAACCGAACAAAUAACAAACCAGAGACAUUUGAUGCUACAUGCCUCCAUUGUUCUUCUUGCGUAUUGUGUGAACUGCUCGUGGUCCACAGUUCGCCUGGUGACUUUGGGACUUCAAGGAACCAGCUCCGUAGAACGAAUUCGCUGCCAUCUCGAGUCAAACUCUCCUGAUGGGAAAGGAGCUCUCAGAUAUUACGUGUCAUUACCCUAACCCUUGUGCAUCUAGUGGAAAAGCAGGGUUAGCCAUAAUCAUCAAAAUUAUACCAAGUAAAGUCUUGAAAUAUCUCACUUUGCAUGUAACAAGUCUGUCUCAUCUAUUAGUUUCACCUUUUAAGUGGAGUUUGUGAAGUAGGUGGAGUCUUGCACCAUAUUCAGAUUAUUUUUGGACCAAGUAACGGUGAUUUCUAUGAUGGAGUUGGCAUUAUUCUAUAUUUCUCUUGUUUUGUCAACAAACUGACAUAAAACUUUAGGAACACAGUUCAUAUAAAUACAUGUAUAUAAAUCCUAAUGUCAAUAUUCCUGGGUGCCAAACGUUUAUCAAUCAUGGUUUAAAAACUGCACUCGAAAAAUUGUAAUUAAUGGAACAAAUGUUAAAAACAUUUAGAAAAAAUUUCAAAAAAUUCAAACUUUCUUUUCUUCGCUCGAAGCCUUUCUGUGGAUUAGUCAAAGCAAACGUAUAGCGGGGGAUCAGUUCAAAUUAAACAAAUCCAUAAAAUAAGAA